AUGUUUCGAUCUUUCAAGGGAAGAUUGACUGGAGCAUUUCAACACGAUCCGCAAACCACGAACGGUUCAUCAGAGUCCGAAACAAACACGUCCUUGCCCCCCUCUCAAUGGUCCACUUCAGCGCGCGGGGAACGGCCAAACGAUACCACGGAAGAGAGCCAUUUCACCUCGUCUCUUAGAUUCGACUCCCCUUCUCCAGAGUCGCACCCGAAGAUCGCGUCUCGUCUUACUGCAAUCCCUUCGACGUCUCAUCUUUUGACUGCGGACUUUCUCGUUGACGGAACUCCAGAGCGCUCCAUAGACGCUCCAAGAUUAUCAGCGGCGACACGAGUAGCUAUUCCCGCAAUCAUAGCUCUGGAAGAGAGCUCGCCCCGGCAGCAUACAGACGCAUCAAGCGAUUCAUCGCCAAGAUUCGUGCCACAUGACGAAGAAUUCCCCUUAACGAAGAUGUUCGCUCCUCCAACCAGCGGACUACCACCAAGCUAUCAUUCCAGCGCCAAUCCCUCUCUGGUGGAAGGCUUUGGCAGCGAUGGGCUCGAUCCCGCCCCGGCAUACGAUUGGGGGCUGGCUAUGGAUGUUGAUGAAUCAAACAACGCAAACAACGAGCAAGGCACAUCAGCACGGCGUGCUCGUCACGAUCAGCCCCGACCACCAGCCCUCUUACCAGAGGUUCCGCGUCGAGUCAACUACUACCGCGCUAUAAGCGCUGAUAUUUUGGCAGACUUCGACUUCCCACUCCCGGUAGCCAAGUCGACAGCCACGGUUACAGAGGCUGCGAUUCCAUCCUCCUCAACUCCACCACCACAAAGGGGCUACCGACCAACACCAGCGUCUAUUCUUGAGGAUUUCGAUAUCACCCCGUUUUCACCACAAACAAGAGGCGGCAGCUCCAGCACCGCGGCUAGUACUCCACCAGUGUCAUCGCCGCCCACACGGUCAAGAUCAACGUCGAAGGUCCCGUCGCUGGCUUCGAACAACCCCUAUGUUGAGCUUCUUGAGCAGAAGGAGCAAGCAAUGACGGUUGCGUUUCUGCGCAGACAAGAUUCAGGAUCGGGAUCUCGAUCCACGGAUCUCGGAGCUGAUGAUUUCAGUUUUGGCCAGAGAUAUCACAAGGCGGCAGACACAACAGAUGUUAUUGUUACAAGGCAAAGGCUACCAGCUAAUGACCUGGGCGGUUCUCGAGAAUGCCCGAUUUGUGCGGAGACAAGAGAUAUUUCGUCAUUUCCUGUCCUCAGUGUGACUCCAACAUGUACUCACCCGCCAGAAGCGUGUCUGGAGUGCCUUCGAAUGUCCAUCAAAUCAGACUUGAACAGCAAGUUAUGGACCGACAUUCAGUGCCCAGAAUGCCGCGAGUUGCUAGAAUACGUCGACAUUCAGAAGUACGCAGACGAAGAGACAUUUGCCCGCCAUAACGUAACAUGGCACGAGAACCUGUCAUGUCAAGAGCUUGAUGCGCUGCUUCAAGACCCAGAAAAUUUCCGCUCGCGCAUCGAGAUGGAGCAUGAUGAGUUUGACUCGGCGCGACAGGCGCAAGAGGCUGCCGAUCGGGCAAUGGCGCAGGGCCUAAUGGCCGAACAACAAGCGGAGAUCCAACAGAAUGAGACUAGAGAGCGUGCCGAAAGGGAAAGAGCCCGAAAGGCGGUAGCCCUGGCGAGGAAAGUUGCCGCUCGCCGAAAGGCGGAAGAAGAGCAAAGUCGAGUGACCGUAAACCGGACAACAAAGCCAUGCCCUGGUUGUGGAUGGGCCAUUGAGAAGAACUCUGGGUGUUCGCACAUGACUUCGUUCAAUGCCGGGGUCUUGGGCCCCUAG